CUCCCUACCUCGUACGGGAACUGUGGGGGUGGCAGAGAGGCUGUGAGCGCUAGCCAGUCUGUACAGAUGGUCUGGAGGGGACACCACGAUACCAUUCGGUUGUUUGAGGCCAAUGGGGAAGGGGCUGCUGACACACACCAUCGGCUCAGAUCACCCAGGCAACCCCCAUCAGCCAGUCGGAGCUGGUGUUUCUUUCUCUCAGGCUGCUGUGUUGGGGAAACAUCUUCAACACGGACGACGAGCCUGACAUUCCACAGUUGGUCUGCUUCGUCACCUUCCAGGAGCGGGGACAGACUGAAUGGAUGAGCUGCUGGCUACCUGAGCCCCCCGACCCCAGGGAGGCUCUCACCAUCAUCGUCAGUGAGAAGAACAUAACGGAGGAGUGCGUGAUCCUGAGCCCAGCCCUCAGCUGCAGAAUCCCUAUCAGUCGCUUCUCCCUGCUUGCCCCCUGCUGUAUCCAUGCUCUCCGGCGCGGCUCCCACUCCCGCGGACCCUGUCACUUCACGCAGAAGAUCACGCACAUGGUGAAGCCGGGCGCUCCCUUUAACCUGAGUGUCACUGCCCUGAGGGAAGCUGAGGAGAUGGAAGUCAGGUGGGAAGUUCCGAGGGUCCGCUUCACUGAGCUCUUCAACACUCUCUUACACCAGCUGGUGUACUGGAGCACGGAAUCGGAUCGGCAGGACCUGAAUGUUACAGUGAACUCUCUGAGGCUGUUGAUGAAGAAUCUGGCGGCCAGCUCCCAAUACACUGCCAAGGUGCGAUCCGGUCCCGACCAGAAGUACUUCAGGGGAGAGUGGAGUGAGUGGAGUAAGCCGGUGAAGUUUACGGUCCCAUCUGUCAACCGGCUGAACAGUACAGGAGUGAAGGUAACUCUCUCCAUGUUGCUGCUGCUGCUGCUGAUCCUCGUGGGCCUGCUGGUAUUGCUGUGGGAGAACAGGAUCAAGCCUUAUAUUUGGCCUCAGAUUCCUAACCCUAAGAAAGCUCAGAAACAUUUGUACAUCAACUCCAACAUGGCUGUGGCGGUGAGCUUUGACCCUGGCCACUUCCUGGAGGUGACGGAGAAAAGGGUGGACAUGAUGGCAGUGAAGGGGGUGUGGCCCUGGCAUUGCUACCCCUACCCAGACCUGCCCACAGAGAUGGCUGGAGACAGCAGCCCUGACCCAGAGAGGAAACUGCUAAUGCAGACUGCUGUGGAACCAGUGGAUGGACCGGACAGUACCUCAGACCAGGGGCAGCAAGACACCACAGAUCCCCAGGACGAGUGGCUCCAGCCUUUGGAGCCUGCCAGCUGCUUCUCGCCCUUCCCCGUGACCCAGGAUCCCUCCCCGUGUGUACCAGAACACAGGAGACCUGCCGAGGCCCAGGCUGGGGGCCUGCGCUGUCCCUUCACCCAGGUUCCUGCUCCCCCCUCUGACGAGUCGUAUAUCACCAUGUCAAACCUGUACAAGACACAGUGAGGGUGGGGAACAGGGACCACACAGUCUGAUCCCACAGACAGCAUCUAUGGAGAGGAAUAAACUGUCAACAUUUUGGGGUGAAACUCUUCUUCUCUGGAUUUCCACUAUCUGCAGAAUCUCUUUAUCACUCCUCAGAGACAGUUGCAUGUGGGCAUUUCAGAGGGUGGUAUCUACUGCCCCCCCCACAUCUUCCUGGCCAAUUAUCCUGGGGUCCAGCGGUCUGGAAACUGCCCUAAGCGUCUGACCACAGCCCUUCCCACCAACACUGCAACAGAGACCUGAUCACAGGGUCCUCACUGAGCUGCUUGCCAGAGAUUUACCCAUCCUCCAGUGGAGCCCCCGCUCCCUGAUCAUCCCUACACCCUGUGUAGUCCAAUCACUGGGCCCCCGAAUCUCCUCCACUGAACAGCCCAGCCCUGUCAGUGGUGCAGCCAGUCAAUUUCAGAGUAACUUGGAAGGGGUGAUCUCCAUUCAGGCAGGGGCUUAUGCCCACCCUCCUUAACCUCCUCCCCACCCACACCCUUCUGCUCAAACCCCUCCCCACCUCAUCCUCUCCAUACUUUCUCCCCACCGCCACCCCUCAGUACAUCACCCUCGAUGUACUCCCUCCCUCCUCCUUACCCCCUGCUCUCUCUGUACCUCCCCUACUGUACUCCCUCCUCACCCUAUUGACCCCUUGUACCUCCCCUACAACCCCUCCUUCUCUUACCUCAUCCGCUCCUCCUCUCCUUCCCCUCCCUUUCUCUGCACCCCCUCUCUGCAUCCCUGCACCCACUCCAUUUCCCCUUUCUCUCCUCCGACACCCUCCAUCUCUCUACCUGUUCCCCCUCCCUCUACCUCUCCUCACAGCCUAUUCUCCACGCUCUUCCCCCCCUCACACACCCCACCCUGUCCUUCUUCCUCUCCCACCCUGUCCCUUUCCCUCUCCCUACCCCGUCCUUCCCCCUCCCACCCUAUCCUUCUCCCUACCGUCCUUCUCCCUCUCCCCACACUGUCCUUCUCUCUCCCUCUCCCCAACCUGUCCUUCUCCCUCUCCCCACCCUUUCUCUCUCCCUCUCCCCCCUACCCUGUCUCUCUCCCUCUCCCCACCCUGUCCUUCUCUCUCCCUCUCCCCACCCUGUCCUUCCCUCUCCCCUCGAUCCGUGGCUUUUGUGUGAUGUUCAGCACCAAUAUUCGACCUGUGUUCUGACAAUAAGCAAUAAAGACCUUCCACACCAGGCCAGUUGUACUUUGUUCU